AUGGCUAGAACUUUUUUCGUCGGUGGUAACUUCAAGUUGAACGGUACCAAGCAAUCCAUCAAGGAAAUCGUGGACAGAAUUAACGAGGCAUCGCUAGCUAACGAUGUGGAAGUCGUCCUAUGCCCUCCAGCCCCAUACCUGGACUACGCUGCCGGUUUGGUGGCCAAGUCCCAGGUGACCGUAGGUGCCCAGAACGCCUACGUCAAGGGCGCCGGUGCUUACACUGGUGAAAACUCUGUUGAACAAAUCAAGGACGUUGGCGCCAAGUGGGUUAUCUUGGGUCACUCUGAGAGAAGAACCUUGUUCGGCGAAGACGACAAGUUGGUUGCGGAAAAGACCAAGUUUGCCUUGGACCAAGGUCUGGGUGUCAUUCUUUGUAUUGGUGAGACCUUGGAGGAAAAGAAGGCCGGCACCACUUUGAAGGUCGUUGAGACCCAGUUGACGGCUGUCAUUGACCAAGUCAAGGACUGGAGCAACGUUGUUGUCGCUUACGAACCCGUGUGGGCCAUCGGUACCGGUUUGGCUGCCACUCCAGAAGACGCCCAGGAUAUCCACGCACACAUCAGAGAAUUCUUGUCCGCCAAGUUGGGCGCCGACGUUGCCGAGAAGACCAGAAUCUUGUACGGUGGUUCUGCCAACGGUAAGAAUGCUGUCACUUUCAAGGACAAGAAGGACGUUGACGGUUUCCUAGUCGGUGGCGCUUCUUUGAAGCCAGAAUUCGUUGACAUUGUGAACUCCAGAAACUAA